UAAACGGUGGGAACGCGACGACUAGUACGCACAGACUGCUCUCCGCGCAGGUUUUGUUCCGGAAUUGCAUUUCACUGCGCGAAAGAGGGGCGGAGAUGGAAUAUUCAGAUGAGCUGUGAUUGACAGCUCCGGUUUCUCCAACGCUCUCAGAAACUCGCCUGCUCCUUCCAGCAACUCUUCACUCCACACUCCCGAGCACUAAAAACAAACGGACGCUAAGGGGAUCUUCAUGACGGCACUUCGCUGAUCUCUUCCCUUUUGCGCAUUUAUUUAUUUUCUUUUAUUAGUUGAUCCCUCGACUCGAUUGUUCGAUGCGCUGAUUCUAUUGAGCAACUCGUUUUCCGCCCUCCUGACUUCCUCUGCUGGAGAGAGAACAGUCGAGUCUUUAUAUAAUAAUGUCCUAUCCUCAGGGUUACCUCUACCAGCCCACGGGCUCUCUGGCGCUCUACUCGUGUCCGCUGGCCGCCCCGCGGAGUGAGGAGCUGGCCCGGUCCUCCUCCGGUUCAGCGUUCAGCCCGUACCCCGGAUCAGCUGCAUUCACAGCCUCCGCCAAUGGAUUCUCCAGCCCUCUAAACUAUUCAACAGAUCCGGCCACGGGAUUCCCGUCCUACAUGGGAUCUCCGUAUGACGCGCACACUACGGGGAUGGCAGGAGCGAUAAGUUAUCACCCGUACGGGAGUCCCGGUUACCCGUACCAGCUCAAUGAUCCCGCUUACCGAAAAAACGCUACGCGUGAUGCGACAGCAACGUUAAAAGCAUGGCUUCAGGAGCACAGGAAAAACCCUUAUCCCACAAAAGGAGAAAAGAUCAUGCUGGCCAUUAUUACCAAAAUGACCCUCACACAAGUGUCAACCUGGUUCGCUAAUGCCAGACGGAGACUCAAGAAAGAGAACAAAAUGACAUGGGCACCUCGGAAUAAAAGUGAAGAUGAGGAUGAGGAUGACGGGGAGGGAGAGAGAAAAGAUGAACGCACGGAUAAAAACAUGGACAACGGCGAGGCGUCUGCUGAUGACGAAGGAAUCAGUUUGCACGUCGAUGCCCUGACAGAUCACUCCUGCUCAGUGGAAUCGGACGGGGAGAAGGCCACGUGUAGGACCGUUUGCGAUUCUGGACUUGAUACCAAGAACAAAUGCGAAGGGAGUGAUAUUGACACGGGCCACGAGGAGAGGCAAAGGGUCCCGUCACCCAAGCCGCUGACGUCCUCUCCUCUGACUGGGGUGGAGGCCCCUCUCUUGACCUACCAUCACCGAGAGGACACCCGAAACAACGCUAACAAAACAUGUCUGGACAGUCAAAACCAUACCGUCAAACCUAAACUCUGGUCAUUGGCCGAGAUCGCCACUUCGGACCCAAAGCAACAACAGCAGCACUUGGGGCAGAACUGUCCCCCGGGCGUUGGCCAUUUGACCUCCACAGCGCCCAGCGCGUCCCCGGCGGGCGCAGUGUACCCCGCCACCUCAAUAUUAGGAAGGCCUCUUUAUUACACCUCUCCGUUUUAUAGUAAUUACACAAACUAUGGCAACUUUAGCCCACUGCAGGGCCAAGGGAUUCUGCGCUAUAAUCCAGCUGCUGAGGGACUUCUGCACAAACAGACCGGCGACCCCCUAAUAAAGACUAAUCCAAACCAGACUGAACAACAUUUCAUGGCCUCAAACGCAGAAUCCAAAAAAGACCGACACAUGACCAUGUCCCCAUGCCACAUGCCCCAACCGCUGACUCAGGCCUGGGCAACAUCUGGCCUACCUACCCCCAUUUCUGGAGAGAAAGUCAGCCACAAUCAUCUGCACCCCCGGUCUGUGGACCACCUUGAAUUGGCACGUGAUCGGAACAGAGAUUGAAGGCCCACCCCAGCAGCAUUCUGACAGCAGCACAUUACUAUGAGGCUGAGUGGACCAGGAGCAUUGUUCCAGGAUGGAUGUUGUUCUGCUGCAGGCUAUAUGUCCACAGGAUACAGUACAGCAAACCUCAGUGGAGAGCAGCCAUUAAAUAUUCACACCGGAAAUGCUUUCUUCAUCUCAGCUCAAUUCCAACUCAUCAGGCUUACACGAAACACAAGCAACCAUGUUGCCCAAUUAACCUUCAUAGCUUUGAUAGCUCUGUCUUUUUAAAAAUAAAAAAAAAACACAAAUAGAUAGAUAACAUGGCAAAUCGAGACAAGAUUGAAGGGUCAUUGGGCUAAAUCCCCUACAUUUUCAUUAUGUGUGUGUACAGAAUAAAGCACUGAUUCCUGCAAUAGUGCACAAAGAGUUUAUCGACCAUAGACUUACUGGUAAUGUUUAGUUAGAUGCUGUCAAGCAUCCGUCUGGAGAGAGAUAAUGCGGUAAGGAGUUCCACCUGAGAUUAAUUGCUACUAAUUACUGUUUCUACUGUAUGUUCACAGUGAGAGAUGGGGAGAUAAAAGUCUCCCAGUCCACAGAGAGAGAGAGAGAGAGAGAGAGAGUUGCACACAAAGACUGUGUUUCUGUGUUUUAGAGUGUUGUGCUGAAAAGCUGAUCUGUGUUACUGUUUAUGUUGUGUUUUAUGUUAAGAAAAAGUGACUCAUGUGGACCAUGAAACCGGCUCCCACUUCAUCCUUUAUCUUCCCAAACAUUAACCUUGUUACUCUCGCAUUAUAUUGUCAUGGCAUCGAAGUUGCAAAAUUGGCUAUAACUUUCCACAGAAAAGGCCAGUAAGUUUUUUCUCACACUUAAAUCAUGUUUACGUGCAUAUUGUUUAUGUCUUUUGAAAAAGUGAGGAAUUCGCCAUUCAAAAAUGUACCCCCAUUCACUUCCACUGUAAGUGUCUCUGUGGAACCAAUAUUUGUGCUUUUUUUAAAGAAAAGUAGGGGCAUGCCAAAAUAUUUUUUUGUGGUAAUCAAUAUUAUGCCACAAAUGCUCUUGAUUGAGCUUAACUUGUAUUGAACCCAAAUCCUUUAAUUUGGUUGGAGAAUGUGUCACUCCUGUAUUACUGAUCUUUGUGUGUACAGAACAGGAUGAAGCACUCAAAGAUGAACUGUAAACCGUAUUUAGCUGCAGUGUGUAUGUGGCCAGAGAAUGCCAAAUAUCCCUCUACAAUUUGUUCUUUCUUUAUUGUUUUUAUCCAGUCUGUCAAUAGAAAACUGCUUUAGCAUGGCAUACAUUCUAUAAAUAACUUACCAUCACACUUACCAACAAUUUUUUUGAAUUUAUUUUUCUUUAAUCACAUAUUGUAUUAUAUUGAAAUAUGAACAUAUGAAAUACUAUAUGCCUUACUGUAUGCAACACAGUGUACACAUACCAGAGUUUCUGCUAAUUUGGUGCUGUCAAAGUGACCAGAAAUUAUAAAUUUUCCCUGAAAUUUAGGGAAAAAUAUUGUAAUCUCAUUGCAGUGUUUAUUUUGCACUGUAACAUGAUGGACUUUGCAUGGUUGUACUUGCUGAAAAUUUUGGAAAAUUAACUCAUUUUUGAUGUCUGUCAUUUUGACAAAACAAGACCAAACCUAUGGCAGCAGUUUACAUUACUCCCCCUCUCAGCAUGUGUGUUCAAUGUACAGGAUAUGUGUGUAUAUGAUAGAGAGAGAGAGAGAGAGAGAGAGAGAGAGAGAGAGAGAGAGAGAGAGAGAGAGAGAGCUCUUAGCCAAGUGACUUUGAGAAAUUUUAAUGUAUAAACAAUAAAAUAAUAAUAAUAAUAACUGAAAAACAUGCAUUAGGACUUUGCAAACUGACGGUAAAGAUGAACCAGAAUGAAGUGUCUGUCACAUAUUCCCUGUUUGUGCUUAGACGUGUAUGUUGAAAUUCUUGUUUAUUUCUCCAAUCCCGUUUACUGUGUUCAUUUUUUAGUCCUUUGCAGUGUCAUUUUAUGAUUGAUUUACCCUGAUUGUUUCCCCAGGUGUUCCUCCUUCCCUUGUUUCCCCUGGUUUCACAUGUGUUACCUUAUGCUCUGUGCUUUGUUCCCUGCGUUUUGUUUCUUUGUGUUUUGAGUUACUUUGUUUACCUUUGUUUUAUUAAAGCUGCGUUUAGAUCCAUAUCCUUGGCCUCGCCUUCCUUGUUACAGUGUCAUUAUUGGGAUAUGAUUGGCUUCGUGUUAUUUUCAUAGAUUUUUUUUUAUUUUAUUAUUAUUAAUAUUAUUAGUAGUAUUGGUAGAAGUAAUAGUAGUAUUUAUUUACUAUUAUUAUUAUACAUUUGUUUUUAACCAGGCAUUGGUCCGACAAUGUUUGAAUAAUCAAAACCACAGAACACAUUAUGCAAUAGUAUGCAUUAUAUAUUAAUUAACAUUAUACAACAGUUAGUUCUGGUCCUCGAAUCUGAUUGGACGAGACAUGCUCUGUGAGUACUGAUGUCUCAGAACAGCAGCACUCGGACGCUUCACUGUUUGUAUCACUCUGCUUAUGUUCGUGCCAUUCUAAACUAAAGUUUAAGAGCAGCACAGAUGUGUAAUGCUGCAUUCACACCGGACGCGAAUAGCGCGUCAGGCGCGAGUGAUUUCAAUGUUAAGUCAAUGCAAAGACGCGUUACGCGCGUAAAAAAUUCCUGCGGCGUGAAUGAGGCGUAGAGCGCGGCGCGGUAGACGCGAAUACGCCUCAUUCGCGCGUCAAGUUCGUGCGAAUUGAGCGUC